AUGGCUGUGAAGUCUGAUUCCGAAGACGACUUCCUUGUCAUCGAAGACACCCAUAGCCUUACCCUGAACAAGCUCAAGAAGGAGCAUCAGCAAGUCAUUAGGGACUUGAAUGACAAGCACAUUGGCGAGCUAGCUAUGCUUAGAGAUAGCUGCUACAAGCGCUCGCAGAAUGCCAUCUCGACAGCCAGUGCCUCUAUUGACCGCCGCAAGGCUUCGUUCGAACGCCGCAAGGAGGAAUAUGAGAUGGAGAUCGAUGAUCUCAAGGAUGAGCUCGCUGCUGAGAAAGCCAAGGUGGCGCAACUUCUGCUUUUGGUCCCUCCUCACCUUCGGGGCAGAGCCCCUGGCCAAUCCAGAUGGACGGAGCAAUAG